UUCACGAAUCGAAAGAAGCUUUGAAAGUUUUCAAUUGUCUGAACAGUAUCAGUUUUAUUAGUUGUUGCGGGCAGUGCAGUUACAAAUAAGUAUACAACUUAAAAAACCCUCACUCAACAACAUGGACUUGUACUAUUACCCCGGUUCUGCUCCGUGCCACGCAGUGUUACUCACUGCUAGAAGUCUCGGCAUUGGAUUGAAUAAGAAAUUCCUAGAUUUGCUAGCGAGAGAAAAUAUGAGCAAUGACUUCGCGAAGAUCAACCCUCAGAAAGUCGUGCCCACCUUGGUUGACAAGGAUUUUGUGCUGUGGGAAUCACGCGCGAUUAUGAUUUACUUGGUGCAAGAAUAUGGCAGAGAUGAUUCAUUGUAUCCCAAGUGUCCCAAGAAGCGUGCUGUCAUCAAUCAGCGCUUAUACUUCGACAUGGACACAUUGUACAAAUCCUUUGCAGACUAUUACUAUCCACAACUCUUUUUUAAGAAACCAGUGGUGCCUGAACUGUAUAAAAAUAUGGAGACUGCUAUGGAGCUCUUGAACAUUUUUCUAGAAGGCAACAAAUAUGUGGCGGGUGAUCAACUGUCCGUGUCUGAUUUAUCUAUUUUAGCAUCGGUAUCUAUAUUUGAUGUUGCGAAUUUCGACCUCAGCAAAUAUGCCAAUGUUGCCAGAUGGUACGAACAUUGUAAAAGACUUCCAGGUUGGGACGAAAACUGGGCAGGUUGCUUGGAAUUCAAGAAGUUAUUUGUGUAAGCAGAAACAUACUCAAGUACAAUAUGAAGCACUUUUCUAUCAAGAGCGGAGUUUGGGUUUACAAAGCAAGAGGUGGAGAGAAAUAUUUACAAACAUAGUAUUUACACAAAUAGUCAAUCCACUCUAAUCAUAGUAAUUGAGUGUAGUCUAUUCAAACGUUUAAUAAAUUGUUUUAUAAUUAAUAUA